CAGACGCGCUCCAGAGUGAAAUGUCGUUAAGAGGAUCGAACACGGUCAAAGGACGGUGUCGUCGACUGUCGUGGUCGUCACUCCGGUCUCGUGCCCCGCUGUAGCGACGCGAGAAGGGCGAGAACGGACAGACAUCCAUCAGAUAUUUUUCCUUCUUACUUACUUUAUUCAUUUUCGCACUCUCUGUCUCGGUCUCCCCUGUCCGAGUCCCUCUCCCUCUCCCUCUCCCUCUCCCUUUCCCUCCUCGCCGGCAUUGAUCCCUUCUUCUUUCGGGCAACUCGUUCUUCGGGUCUUGGAAGCAAGAGAUGGUGUUGACCUCCAGUCAACUUUCUUGAGUCUUGGUUCAGAGCUGUGGUCUCGACAUUGAUUCCGUAGCACUAUCGAUCUGCUUCUUACCCAAUUCUCCGAUCUUUUACUUCUUCCUCCUCGCCUUUCCGCUUCGAACCGGAGGAACGGGGACUCGGGUUUCGCGGGGGGGCGGUGAGUGGUUGCGAUUUCGCUUUGGUUUUGCACCUCUUCGAUCGUAUCUGGAAAUGAACAAUUUCGACCGAUUGUGUUGACUUUAAGCUGCGAUGAAUGCCGUCGGACUCGGGUUACGUUUGCUAGAGUGCGCGUCGAGGCCUGUGAUGUUGGUACUAGAGAAUGCAUCGAUGCCUCUGCGAUCGUAAUGGCUUCGAUUUUGGGACCGGUACCUCGUAUUUCUCGGUCGCGAAUUGCUUAAGAAACGAAACUGGGAGUUUCAGCUGAUGUGUGAUCGAGAACGGAGCGAGCCAUCUGAUGAGCUUACCCAGGAAUCUCUUCUAGAGGACAAUGAGAUCAACAGCCUUAGUGCACGGUUGUCUCAUCUUCGUCUUUGAAAUUUGAUUGCCUUUUCCCAUUUGCUUGCCACAAAAUGACAUUGGACGUGGUCACUAAUGCAUCAUUGGCUCCUGCAUCCGAAGCCCUUUCUCAAACGAUGGAGUACAUUGUUGAUGUUAUAGUUGCUUCCAAUGACGUUCUCGUUGAGAAGGAAAGUUUUAAGGUACUCACUACUUACUUGCAAAGGAUUGUCCCAGUAAUUAAAGAACUGAGUCGGAAAGAAAUCAGUAAUUCUCAAAGCUUGCUAGCUGCAAUUGAGAUUCUCAAUAGAGAAGUCAACAAUGCCAAGCGACUUACGAGGGAGUGCAGCAAGAGGAGCAAAGUGUAUCUUUUAAUGAAUUGUCGCAAAAUUGUGAAAAGCUUGGAGAGCAGCAUGAGAGAGAUCAGUAGAGGACUAAGCCUCCUCCCGUUGGCAUCAUUGGAUCUCUCUUCUAAUAUAAGUGAAGACAUCAGGAUUCUAUGUGACAAUAUGGAGAAGGCGGAGCUUCGGGCUGCUUCAGCUGAAGAAGAGGUUCUAGAGAAAAUUGAAUCCGGAAUACAGGAGAGGACAGUUGACAGAUCCUACGCAAACAAUUUGCUGGUUUGUAUUGCAGAGGCAGUUGGUGUAUCUACUGAGAAGACAUCCCUAAGGAGAGAAUUUGAUGAGUUCAAGAGUGAGAUUGAAAAUGCCCAGCUGCGGAAGGAUCAGGCAGAAGCUAUACAGAUGGAGCAGAUCAUUGCUUUGUUAGAAAGGGCAGAUGCUAUUUCAUCUCCUAAGGAGAGGGAGAUAAAAUACUUCACCAAGCGGAAGUCUUUGGGAACUCAACCACUGGAACCGCUCCAGUCAUUUUACUGCCCGAUCACUCGAGAUGUCAUGGUGGACCCUGUGGAGACAUCAUCUGGACAUACUUUUGAGCGAAGCGCAAUAGAAAAAUGGUUUGCAGAAGGGAAUAACAUGUGUCCUCUGACAAUGACUCCUAUAGAUGCAUCCAUUUUACGGCCAAAUAAAACUCUGCGACAAUCUAUUGAAGAAUGGAAGGACCGAAACAACAUGAUUACAAUUGCUUCCAUCAAAAAGAAGCUUGAGUCAGACGAUGAAGAAGAAGUGAAUCAUUGCCUUGAGCAGCUACAAGAUCUCUGUGAACAAAGAGAUGUGCAUCGAGAGUGGGUAAUAAUGGAGGACUACAUACCCAUAUUGAUCGAACUUCUGCGUUCAAAAGGUCGAGAUAUUCGAGACAUUAAAAGUCAUGUUCUCGUUAUUCUGUGCUUAGUGGCAAGGGAUACUGAUCAUGCUAAGGAAAGAAUUGCAAGUGUUGAAAACGCAAUUGAAGUCAUCGUUGGUUCUCUUGGACGCCGUGAGAUGAAGUUAGCUGUAAGAUUAUUGCUGGAAUUAUCGAAAAAUAGUUCUAUAAGAGGCCGUCUGGGGAAGGUCCAAGGAUGCAUACUUCUUUUGGUGACCAUGUCAAGGGGUGAUGAUAUUCAAGCUGCAAAAGAUGCAGAAGAGCUACUGGAUAAUCUGUCCUUCUCAGAUCAGAAUGUUGUGCAGAUGGCAAAGGCAAAUUACUUCAAGUAUUUUCUGCAGCGUCUUUCUUCCGGACCGGAGGAUGUCAAAAGAACCAUUGCAAAGGCUUUGGCAGAAAUGGAGUUGACUGACCACAACAAGGCAUCUCUUUAUGAGGGUGGAGUGUUGAAUCCCCUCCUUCACUUGAUUGAACAUGUUGACUAUCAGGUGAAAGAAGUGGCUAUCAAGGCUCUCUACACCCUCUCGACUUUACCGAAAAAUGGGCUCCAGAUGAUAGAAGAUGGAGCAGUUGGUCCCUUACUUGAUGUUCUCUUUAAUCACAGCUCAUCAUCCUUGAGCUUGCGUGAAACAGUAGCUGCCACCAUCAUGCAACUUGCUAUGUCAACCUUGUCUCAAGAGUCAGGUCUGACACAGAGUUUGUUCUUGGAAUCGGAAAAUAUUUUCAAGCUCUUUUCAUUGACUAUAUUCUCUAGCCCUAACGUACAAGAGUGCAUUCUUCGAACUUUUCAUGCCCUGUGUCAAUCCCCUUGCGGUACUAAUGUCAGGACCAAAUUGAGGCAGUGCUCUGUUAUCCAAGCGUUGGUUCAGCUAUGUGAGCUUGAUAGGCUAAAUGUUCGAGCAAAUGCUGUAAAGCUUCUCUAUUUUUUGGUUGAUGAAAGUGAUGAGGCAAUCAUCGCAGAGCAUGUAGGAGAAAGGUGCGUUGAGACAUUACUCAAGAUCAUCGCCAAACUACCAGAAGCAACCUCCUCCAGUGAUGUUGAGGAGGUUGCUUCUGCAGUUGGGAUAAUCGCCAAACUACCAGAGGAGUCUCAAUUCACUGAAUGGCUCCAGGAUAAAGGAGCUUUCCCUGUUAUUCUCAACUUACUGCAGACCCCCAGGCAGAACAAUUCUCAAAGUAGUAAAUUAGUGGAAAACGCUGUUGGAGCUAUUAGUCGUUUCACUGUAUCUACUAACCAGGAAAUGCAAAAGAGAGCAGCUAAAGAGGGGCUUAUUCCUUUAUUGGUGCAGUUUUUAAAUUUUGGAACUAGUUUGACUAAAAGGCGUGCCUCCAUGUGUCUUGCUCAGUUCUCGUGCAGCUCAUCUCAAUUGAGCAGGACAAUACUAAAACGUAGAGGAUUCUGGUGCUUCUCAUCUCCUAUGGAAUCUGGUUGCUCAGUUCAUGGAGGAAUCUGUUCGGUGGAAUCAUCAUUUUGCCUUAUCGAAGCUAAUGCUGUGGAACCUCUUGUGGGGGUUCUCGAUGAGGCAGAUCUUGAUGCCUGCGAGGCUUCUUUAGAUGCAUUAUUGACAUUAAUUGAGGGCCAAAAACUGCAAAGUGGCAGUAAGGUUCUUGUGGAAGCAAAUAUGAUUCCUCCAAUGAUAAAGUUUCUUGUUUCCCCUUCCUCUAGUUUGCAGGAGAAAUCAUUAGAGGCAUUGGAAAGGAUUUUCCGGUUGCCAGAACUCAAACUGAGGUAUGGACCAUUGGCACAAAUGCCUCUAGUUGACUUGACACAGCGUGGAAGCAGCAGAAUGAAAUCUUUGGCUGCCAGAAUACUUGCUCACUUAAACGUGCUUCCUGAUCAGUCUUCUUAUUUUUAAAUGACUGUCUCAGCCAUUUCAAGUGCAUGGCUGCUUUUGCGAGUCAUCAAAUUGAUGACUGAGAGUGGGCGUAAUCCUUUUGUUUUGAGAAGUCUAAGACAACUGGCAGCAUAAUCUUGAAUUUUGCUCAAGAGGAUGUAUAUAUGGUCAUGAAUCUCAACGACUAUUGUGAUCUUUAAGAAGCACUGCCAUUUGGAUGUGAAGUCCUUGGUGCGAUUGAAGUCAAGAAGGCUUCAGUUCCACUUGGAGCUCUCAGAAUUCAAUCUGUUUGCAAAGUAUUACUGGCUGAAGUGGACCUGCUCUGCUAAACUCUGUACCAAUCAUCUUGAGACUGAUUAGAUUGUAAGGAAACAAAGUCAGCGGAACACUGAUUGGUAAGUUAGCCAGAAAUGAGUCAGACAUAUAGAAUAGAUUAAUUCUUUGUUGUAUAGAAUUCUUUUCUUGACGAUUGCAGCACACUUCGGUCAAUGCUUAAAUUCUUUGAUGGGGCACAACUUUUAACUUGUGUGGCAAAAUAUUAGAAAGGUUGUGUUUGUCUGUGAGAAGAUUGAAGGAUGUGAAAGCCCAUAUUAGCAAGUUAUUGUUACCAAGCUAUUUGUAAGGUGACUGAUGCAAAACCCUGUCGUAGCCAAGCUUCAAGUCACUAUGAUCAGUUGUCCAAUGGAAUGUCCGAGCUGGCACGGCAUAGCUUAUGACAGAAGAGGAGUCGAAACUGAUGGUGCGAUAGAUAGGAAGAGUGCCCUCUUUCAUGAUUAUAGGUAUGCUUAAUUUGUAUAAUGAAAAUUACUGUGUCAUAUCACUUCAAGAUCGUCGACGUUGAUUGGCAAAUGGAGUUGGCAUCUGUAAAUUUGCUUUGAAAAGGUUGGUCUAUUUGCAUUUUCUUGUAAACUAGUGAUAAACUCUUGCCUUUGACAAGAUGGAAAUGAUAGCAUAUUUAAUUUUUUCAA